CUCAUGGAUGCCCUAACACUUGACCAAAAGAUGUCCAAACUUGCCAAGGAUAUACAACGCUUGAACAACACAAGCCAAGGAAGCAAGCGAGAGGACGAUGUGAUUCAGAGAUAUAGGAAAACAGCAAAAAUUAAUCCUGGCCUCACUGACAAUUUCAAGUAUGGCCAUCACCAUAGAAUCAGAGACAGCACUAGCGUCGAAGCUAGCGACACUGAGCUCUUGGAUAGCUUGUUAAGAUCAGAGCAGAAUUUAUCGCAUCUUCAGCUUGAAAAGCUGAAGAGAUCCCAAGGCUCUUCGCUUGAGAUGUCCCACACUCUUGACAAGCAGCUACACAAGCUGACUACUGGGCAUCGCCGUGCAGCGAUGCGUCAGAAGCAGAAAAGGAACCAUGCCAGGAAAAGAUCGAGAGGCUCUGGCUCAAAACAUUCAAAAAUAAGGAAAAAUACCCGCAAAAAGAGGACACAUGCCACCAGUGUUCCCUCCUACCUCAGAGGGACAGUCAGUAGUGCCCUUAAGAGGCAGAGUUUGGACAAGGAUGAGCUUAAGAAAUCCAGAGAUUUCGUCAAUAUCUUCUUCAAUAAACGUAUGACUGACAUGCCCCUGACCGAGUCAGAGCUGAGAGACUCUAAUAACAAGUUAAUGGACAGCAGUUUCUUCCGUAGGUCUUACAGCAACAAUAGACUAGUGCCAAGGUAUGUCAACCUGGUCAAUAAUGAGAUGAGUGAUGAGAACAUGACUAACCCUGAGAUUCAGAUUUUCAAGACCUACAACCAAGAAUUUUUGAGAGAGAACAGUUGCUCUCAAACUGGAAAUUCGAGGUCUUCGCAUUCUCAUCACAGAGAUAUGACAGAGCUAGAUAUCGACAACAACGAAGAGCUCUGUUUGAAGAGCCUUGAUCCUCAUUCGAAUUUAAACUCUGUAGAGAAGAAAGGAACCGCACAAUUCCAUAGCCUGAAGAAGUCCAACGAGGACAUCAUGGAUAUCUUCGACAAGCCACAAACAAUGGUUAUUGAGAAAGGUUGCCAGAUGUCAAAUUCUCGCUAUAGAGCUAGAUCUAGUGGUACCAAUCAUUCUAGAAUGUCCAACAGUCUCGAAAGAGAGCCCUGUGGGUCCAAAGAGAGGCUAAGUCUGCACAGAGAGACCCUAGAAGGCAGAAGGACUAGCUUUAAGACAUCAGAUCAUGCUUUCUCGACCUAUAAAAAUUUCAGAAAAACCUCUGCUGAACUUAACUCAGGAGUGCAGACCAUCGUGCACCAAAAUCAGAGCUUGUCUCCAUCUAAAUUGUCCAGCACAGAAUCAAUGAUCUACUUCAAAGCCAGAAAGCAGCUUGUACAGAAAGAGCAGGAGAUUCUUCGUCUAAAGCAGACUCUGCAUAAUCAAAACUCCAAAGAGAUUUCCAAGAAGAUCCUGACUGCUAAACUGGAUGAGAAUACAACACCUAACCAGCAGAUAAUACCGACUGUUCCAACCACCUACAAAGCCUACAUGAAGCACAAGGAGUUGCAAGGGCUUUCAGAGGAAACUUUGAAGCAGAACCAGGCUGAAAUGAAAUCAAAAACAGCCAAAAUACUCAAAAAGAUUCCUCAAAGUGUGCUUGGAAGUUUCCAUAUCCCAAAAUAUCUCAGAUGCUAA